ACCACCACCAUCUACAUCGUCGCGCCUCCAAGGUAUCCCCGUCUAUCUUUAUUCUCCUCAGCGCAUCGCCAUUGAGGCAUGGGUCCGUGACGGUAUGUCUGGAUUUAGCUAUUCAGUGUUGGUACGUCGAUGAAAGAGAAGAGCUACCAUAUUGUUACGGGCUGGGCUACACUCUUACGAUGCUGCCGCUGUCUUCUGCUGCCAACACGCAGAACGAUAUUGAAUGAUAUCGCCGAGCGGGAUCCUGACGGAUCAAUGCGGUCCACCUACGUCAUUUAGGCAAGGCAGGGAUGACGCGUCCGGCAUGGGAGAGCGAUAUGUAAUCCUUUUGAUUCGUCAGACACUACAAUGCCGCUCGCAUAUAUAUAAUCUGAACGACAUUCACCAUAUCUACUCGUCGACUUGAAACAUGGACGUAUCCUGCUCAGUGAAAUUGAACAACGGUGACUCGAUUCCAGUCCUUGGGUUUGGUGUUUGGACUGGGAUGGAUCCUGAAGCACAGCGAGAGUCCGUAGAGUGGAUACAAACAGCUAUCAAGGCUGGCUACAGACACUUCGAUACAGCCCUGAUCUAUGGUACGGAAAGGCCCUUGGGAGAGGCGAUACGCAAGUCUGGUGUCCCGCGGGAAGAGUUCUUUAUUUGUACCAAAUUUCCGUGGAACUAUCACGGCAGAAUUAUAGAGUCAUUGAAUGAAAGCCUGGAAAGUUUAGGAACGAACUACGUAGAUUUGUUCUUGAUGCACUGGCCCCAAUAUGUCGUUUACGAGAAGGACAACUUUCUUCCUCGAAAUCUUGAUGGGACACUCCGCGUGACUGAAGAACGGAAUUUCAACCAAUCAUGGGAGGUAAUGGAGAAAUUAUUGGAGUCGGGAAAGUGCAAGGCGAUUGGUGUCAGCAAUUUUUCUAUCAAAACAUUGGAAAAACUUUAUACGACGGCCAAGAUCAUACCUGCCGUGAAUCAGAUCGAGUUGCAUCCGUAUCUCGUUCAGGAAGAAUUGGUAGAGUAUUGCCGAGGGAAGGGCAUCGUUGUUGUGGCGUACACUCCUUCGGGUACGGAUGUCGUUAGGAAGGAUCCAGUUAUCGUCGAGCUGGCGGCGAAAUACAAUGCUACGCCAACACAGGUGAUCUUUGCAUGGCAUCUUGCACGAGGUGUGGUGAUUAUCCCGAAGAGUGCUGAUGAGGGCAGACAGAAGGAGAAUAAGAAGCUUCCGGUCUUGGACCCUGAGGACGUGAAGAGGAUUAGUGGUCUGGAUCGGAAUGACCGACUGUGUAGUAAGCACAUGGAGGUGAACGGGACGCUUUGGGGUUGGACAUAUGAGCAGUUUGGUACGUUUCUAUCGCUUUUCUGCCUUCUUUUCUCUUAUGGGCAUUGUAGGAUGGGCGUAGUUGUUCAAUUGAUGGGAUCUGUCUUUUCUCGAUAUCUAGAGCUACUUUGUUGGAUUCGACACCUGCGCAGAUAUAAUGUCUAGCUGUCACAGAGUAAUGAUCCUUGAUCUGUCUGCAGGUCCCUUUACCUCACUUGUAACAUCUAUCACAAAGCCUAGUCACCUCGCUCGUCAAGGUUAUCUGGAACCAGUUAUUGCCUCGCGUAGACGCAAAAAGAUGGUACUGCCACAGCCAUCGGUGCCGACGGCAUUUUCUGCCAGAGGCAACCCUUUUCUCAACUUCGCCUCAAGAGUCAAUAUUCGAAGUAUUGGCAAGCACAACAAAAUAUUUGUGCGGCACGUAUAUACCAUGCUGAGUGUGCGUUGUGGCAUGUGAUCUGAUGUGUCAGCCAAACAGGGGCCUGUUACAGGGCCAAUGCGAGGCAACGGAGACAGUCACAUCUUGACUUUCUUCUACCAUG